AUGGCCUCUUCCAAGGACCUUCCUCCCUUGACGGAGAGCUACAUGAGGAUCUUCUUCAAGUCUCAAUUCUGCACCAAACCUCCACAAUUUCCGGACGGGACCAAUCUCUCCGGCAAAGUCGCGAUCGUCACAGGAUCCAAUAUUGGUCUUGGAUUCGAGGCCGCCUGCCAACUGCUGUCUUUCAACCUCUCUGACCUGGUCCUCGCCGUCCGGACCGUUCAAAAGGGCCAAGGGGCAGCUGCCAGGCUGUCCAAACAGUAUCCGAAAGCAAUCAUCAAGGUCUGGCCCUUGGAUAUGUCUUCGUACCAGUCCGUUGAAGCUUUUGCCAAACGGGCGGGAAGCGAACUGACCCGUUUGGACUUGGUCAUUCUCAACGCCGGGGUGGGCAACCCUCACCUCGAAGUGAACGCGAGUACGGGACACGAAGCAAUGAUGCAGGUCAAUUACCUUUCGACGAUACUCCUUGCCAUCCUCCUCCUACCGGUUCUGAAACAGAAAUCUCCGCCCAACGUCCCAGGUCGUCUCUCGAUUGUAAGCUCUGGGCUGGCUCUUGUUGCGAAGAUUCCACCAAGUGAGCAAGGAGUUUUCAAGGCUCUCGACGAGCCCGACAAGUUCAAUCCCAUGACCAAUUAUUCCGUCUCCAAGCUCCUCGCGCAUAUGUUCCUAUACCAGCUUCAGGACAAGGUCUCGGCCAACGACGUGGUUGUGAACCUGGUGGACCCUGGCUAUGUCAAAGGAACCCAGCUUGCGCGUCAAGUCACUGGGAUCGGAGCGGUGGUUACCUGGCUCUUGGGUGCGGCGACAGGCAGAAGUACAGCACGUGGCGCGUCGACGUAUCUUGACGCCGUAAUCUCGAAGGGCAAAGAGUCCCAUGGGUGUUACCUCGCAGACUGGCAAAUCCGGCCAUUCGCCCCAGUCUUGUACACCCCGCAUGGCAAACAGCUAAUCGAGCAAGUGUGGAGAGAGACACUGGAAGAGUUUGACUUCGUCGAUGCCCGAGGCAUACUGGAUUCGAUGAAGAACAGGGAGUAA